AUGUCUGCUUUUCUUACGAUACCGCAAUUCCGAAAUGUCACCAAGAGCCAUCUUGCGGGCCCUCAAGACCUCCUCAAGGGUUGUUCAACCCUGCUUGAAGAGCAAGGGACAACCGAAAAGGUCGUGAACGACCGAUUUAGUGGCAUCUACGCCGCCAAGUUCCCCCGUUCAACUCACAUCAUCAUGUAUGUACAUGGCGGCGGCUUCGUGUCUGGUUCUCCGGAGGGGGCCGUAGGCUGGCUGCUCCAGCUGACUGUUGAGCUCCACGCUCGCGGUAUCCUUGCUGACGUCUUCUGCGUCCGCUAUGACCUUGCUCCUGAACACCCUUUCCCAGACGGGCUGCGGCAGAUCGUCGCGGCAUACGAAGAACUCGUUUCAAGAGAGGGCAAGCCCAUCAUUCUGGCCGGCGAAUCGGCGGGCGGCAACCUCUGCCUAAAUUUGCUCCGUCACCUCGUUGAUCCUCACCCGGAGAUUCCACCGGUGAAAGGAGGAGACGGCGGCGGGAAGGUUGUCGCCGCCUGUUUGACGUGUCCUUGGGUGGACCUUCGCAACGAGAGCGAGUCUUUUCAACGAAAUGCCAAGUACGACUGCUUGGAGAAGAAGGUUUUGAACAAGUGGCGCGAAGCCUACUUGGGAGGGCUGCGACCCAACGACAACUGGACGAGCCCCGUUGACUUCCCGGGAGAUUGGCGAGACAUGCUACCACCGCACGUGCUUCUGGUAGCAGGCGGACUAGAGGUUUUUCUUAGCGACAUCCUGCGUCUGGCGGAUAAAAUAAGAGAGGGCGGACACAGGGGUCUCGAUUUACAUGUUGUCCCUCUGAAAGGACAUGUCUGGCAUUUGGUCGACUUUGGAGGCAUAGUUCCUGGCAAGGAGGCAGCCAAGGCCGAUACGGGCAAUGCUGAUAGCUAUAUGGGCGUCACGUUGCAUGCGGAUUGGAUUGCCGAGAAGCUCCGACCCGCAAGUGCGUAG